GGGUUAGCCAACACAACAGGCCACUACGCACGUGUUUGACGUUCAUAAUCGCCACUUCUGGUCACGUUACUGCCACCUGCUGGGAGGAAUGCAUGGUACUCUGCACUAGGGGGCAGCAGAGUACCAUUCAUGAAAAUCAUCUGCAUAACAGCGAGAGAGGAAGAACGAAUUCGACAUCAACAACAAAUGUCGGAUCAAUACGCCACCGUCCAGAAAGGCUCCCUGAAAUUGAAAGGAAUAGGCGUUGUUUCCGCGGGUAAAAAGUAUGUAUUUCAUGUUAUUGUUACUUAUAAAUAAAUGUGCUCUUAACAUUGUCCACACCUAACUAUGUUUAAAAUGGAGUCAAAGAGCAACGUAGCUAGCUAGCUCUCUGUCCCUAUAUACCAGCAGCUAAUACAGCUAAAACAAUGCAGCUAGAACAAUGAGCCAGAUGUUUCGACGGAUGUAUAAAUGUGAAGCAUCAGGUUGGCUUUUCCACUCACUACCAAAUAUGGUGAUGAGAGCAAGGCCAGUGAACGGAAAUGGGAGCGAGAUUAAUUUUGGCCUACAUUUCUGCAAAUGUUUUCAUCAAUGAAACAUUUGAUCUCCAUACAGUUUUCUGUUUCCAAAAUUAGAAUAUGUCACAAACAGACUGGACUGCGUUUUAUAGACUUUACCAUUUGCCAAAGUUUCAUUUUUUGUUUUGUUUAGUAGUGCGCGGACGAAUUGCGUUAUUGCACAAGCGCACUUCAGAGUAAGCGUUCCCUAACGUAAAUAUGCAAAUAAAUGCUAGAACGCGCCAAUAGAUCUCACUAGCUAGUGCUUGGCUCUGCCCACCUGCUUGCUUGUUCUGCCCACUAUUAUUCAUUCGCUUCCAUUGGAAACGACAGACUCUGGUCUAUUUUGGGUUAGAUAUAAAAAAUCUUUGCCAGCUAAGCUAACCAGCUAACUAUCAAACAUGGUAACAACGGCUAAAUCAUCUUUUGUUCACUGUAAAUAGUUACAUAGUGUUAGCCUUCUCAAAUGCAUGUAGCUUUUAAGUGCAAGUAAACAAACAUAUAAGCUAAACACUCUGUAGCUCAGCUGGUAGAGCACAGCGCUUGUAACGCCAGGGUAGUGGGUUCGAUCCCCGGGACCACCCAUACACAAAAAAAUGUAUGCACGCAUGACUGUAAGUCGCUUUGGAUAAAAGCGUCUGCUAAAUGGCAUAUUAUAUUAUUAUAUUAUAAGACAGUCAUGAAGAGGGCACGACUAAGCCUAUUCCCCCUCAGGAGACUGAAAAGAUUUGGCAUGGGUCCUCAGAUCCUCAAAGUUCAACAGCUGCACCAUCGAGAGCAUCCUGACUGGUUGCAUCACUGCCUGGUAUGGCAACUGUUCGGCCUCCGACCGAAGGUGUCAGAGGAAUGCCCUAAAAAUUGUCAGACUCCAGCCUCCCUAGUCAUAGACUGUUCUCUCUGCUACCACACGGCAAGCAGUACCGGAGCGCCAAGUCUAGGUCCAAAAGGCUUCUUAACAGCUUCUACCCCAAAGCCAUAAGACUCCUGAACAGCUAAUCAAAUGGCUACCUGGACAAUUUGCAUUGUUUCCACCCCCUCUUUUACGCAGCUGCUACUCUGUUUAUUAUCUAGGCAUAGUCACUUGAACUCUACCUACAUGUACAUAUUACCUCGACUAACCUGUGCCCCUGCACAUUGACGUCUCUGUACCGGUACCCCCUGUAUAUAGCCUCGCUACUGUUAUUUUACUGCUGCUCUUUAAUUAUUUUAAUUUUUAAUUGUUUACUUAUCUAUUUUUUACUUAACACUUAUUUUUCUUAAAACUGCAUUGUUGGUUAAGGGCUUGUAAGUAAGCAUUUCACUGUAAGGUCUACACCUUUUGUAUUCGGCGCAUGUGACAAAUAAAAUGUGAUUUGAUUUGGUGUAGGCUAGCUAUGUAGAUAUGUAGCAGGCUAGCUCGCUAACUCCUCACUAGCAACCCUUCAUCUGUUGGCAUUAUUUUACUAUUUUAGAAAGAAGAAGAAGGACAAGGAGAAGAAGCGUUGUUUGGAGCAGCAAAUUAAUACAAAUAAAAACGAAGAGGAGGAGACCAAGAGUGGAUACAUUGACAAAAGAACACCAGCUCAAAUGGCUUUUGACAAGAUGCAAGAGAAGAGGGUAAUAAUCAUUGUCCUAAAUGUAUUGUCCUAUUGAUGUUCUAGCACUGAAAUAGAGAGACAUUGUUAGUCAUGGGAUAAAAAAUACCUACUUCCUGCUUACAAUACCAGAAUUCACACCCUACUUUUUCAAUUUCUUUCAGCAAAUGGAGAGAAUUUUGAACAAAGCAGAAAAAACUCACAAGCGGAGAGUUGAGGUAAGACCUUAUUAUUUGAAAACAUCUGCAUUAAUUUACUGUAAUUCAGAAAACCCUUUUGGGGAGAUUUGAGUUCUACAAACCCCUGGCAUUGACUAUAAACAAAGUUAUUUUUGUUGUAUUGCAGGAUUUCAACCGUCACCUGGACUCCCUGACAGAACAUUACGAUAUUCCUAAAGUCAGCUGGACCAAA